UUGCAAAGUUACAGUCACAGAGUCACUCAGUCGGUCUACGGAGGCUAUAAUUGAAGUCCACACUUCUUCUGAAAAUUCCAUCAUUCAGCUCAGAUCUCCUCUUUCACUCCGAGAACACUAAAAACCUUCAGGCUCCGUCGACAUGGAGAUUUCUUCUUCCGCUCUCCGCCUUCCAUUUCUAUUCUUGCUGGUACCUCUGCUCCUUUUCUUCCUCCUCUCCCCUUGGAACCCGCUCCACAACCUUUCCGGCGGUGGCGACUCCGCCGGCCGCCGGGCCCAGUUCCCUCCCAAGUCCCUUACCUCAAUAUCUCCCCCGCCUGCCGAACCCCGAUCCCCGCCGCGCAGGGACCACAACUCCGCCACCGCCCGCAACCCGCUCGACCCGCUCACCGUCGGCGAAAUUCACCGUGUCCGAUCGAUUCUCUCCUCCUACCAACCUUUUCUCCGUCACUUCCCUUCGAUUCAAUCCAUGUCCCUCGACGAACCGGACAAAUCGCGGGUCCUCGGGUGGAAAUCGGGCGACCCGAUUCCGUCCAGGAAGGCCUUCGUCAUCGCACUGCUGGACAAUCAGUCGCACCUGCUCACGAUUGACCUCGACUCGGGCCGGGUCGAGACCCACGAGAUCAGUUCCGGGUCGGGUUACCCGAUGCUGACGAUGGAGGACGUCGUGGCGGCGGUGCAGACGGCGGUUUCGUACCCAGAAUUGGAGGCAUCCGCCGCUGCUCGCGGACUCUCGGUGGCGAAUCUGUCCUGCAUCUCGCCCUCGCCGGGCUGGUUCGGACCCGACGAGGAAGGGAAGCGGAUCUUGAAGGUGCUCUGCUUCUCCAAACAGGGGACGCCCAAUUUCUACAUGAGGCCGCUCGAAGGGCUGGUCAUGACCGUGGAUGUUGACCGGCGAGAAGUCCUCCAGUUCUCCGACACGGGGAAAGGGAUUCCGAUCCCCGGCAGGGCCAACACCGAUUACAGAUUCCGACCCGGGAACAAGCCGCCGGAGAUGGAGCGGAUCAACCCGAUUUCGAUGGAACAGCCGCGUGGGCCCAGCUUCACUGUGACGGACGGGCAUUUGGUGAAGUGGGCAAAUUGGGAAUUUCACUUGAAGCCGGAUCAGCGGGCCGGGUUGGUGGUGUCCCGGGUCGUGGUUCGGGACUCCGAAACAGGGGCGGCGAGGAGCGUGAUGUACAAAGGGUUCCCGUCGGAGCUUUUCGUGCCGUACAUGGACGCCGACGAAGGAUGGUACUUCAAGUCGUACAUGGACGCCGGCGAGUUCGGGUUGGGCGCCACGGCGAUGCCGCUUGUUCCCCUGAACGAUUGCCCUCGAAAUGCUUAUUACAUGGACGGGAUUUUCGUGUCGGCGGAUGGGCAGCCGUUUGUUCAGAGCAACAUGAUCUGCUUGUUCGAACGCUACGCCGGCGACGCCGCCUGGAGACAUUCCGAGCUCACUGUUAGCUCCGGCGGUCAAGAGUUAAGGGAAGCUAGAGCUAAGGUCACACUGGUGGCUCGAAUGGCUGCAUCUGUUGGAAACUACGACUACACAUUUGAUUGGGAAUUUCAGACCGAUGGCUUGAUCAAGAUCACUGUAUCUCUAUCAGGAAUGCUGAUGGUGAAAGGGACUGUGCAUGACAACAUGAACCAAGUCCAGAACCAGGAUGAGAUGGGACCGUUAGUUUCGGAGAAUGCGAUCGGAGUAGUUCAUGACCACUUCAUCACGUUCCACCUCGACAUGGAUGUCGACGGGCCAAACAACACGUUCGUGAAGGUGAACCUGGUGAAGGAAGAGAAUGUGGAAGGGAAAACCCCAAGGAAAAGCUAUCUGAAACCCAAGAGACAUGUCGCCAAGACGGAGGAUGAUGCUCGAAUCAAGCUGAGCCUUUACGAUCCUUCCGAGUUCCAUGUGGUGAACCCUUCGAGGAUGUCGAGGUUGGGGAACCCUUCGGGUUACAAAGUUGUUCCUGGAGGGAAUGCUGCUAGCCUGCUCGAUCACUCGGACCCUCCUCAACUGAGGAGCGCUUUCACUAACAAUCAGAUAUGGGUGACACCGUAUAAUCGGAGCGAGCUAUGGGCCGGAGGACUUCUGGUGUACCAGAGUCAUGGAGAUGACACCUUGGAUGUUUGGUCUCAGAGGUACUUGGCAUUUGGCAAGGCGACGACAUGAGAAGUAUUGUUAAGAGCUGAGGGGUAGCUAAAAUUCUGUUGUUUGGUUUGUGUUACAGGAACAGGGAAAUUGAGGACAGGGACGUCGUUCUAUGGUACACAUUGGGAUUUCAUCACGUUCCAUGUCAAGAGGAUUUCCCGGUGAUGCCCACUGUUGCGGCCAGCUUCCAGCUUAAGCCGGUGAACUUCUUUGAACGGAAUCCAAUUCUGACGGCUCGGCCGGUGUUCGAGGAGGACCUGCCGGUUUGCCGGCCUUCUGAGUCGGCUUCAAUCAUUUAAGUAGUAGGAACAUGAUAAGAUAAUGGAGUGUUACAGAUAUAGGGGGAAAAGGGGGAUUAUGAGCCGCUGGCAACAUAACUAUUGCAAAUUGGAGGUGAAACAACUGCUUUCGGAUGGCUGAUUUAUGAUAGUGAUAUUGAAGCAAUUGCAAAUUAGUUGACUAGGCACAUAAACAAUGGAAUCAGACCACAAGACAGCAGUAAACUGAUUGUGAUGCACCGAGUAAUGGUCCGUCGUUAUGCCUACACAUUCAUAACUUUCGAGCAUUAAGCUCUCUAGUCUCUACCAUAACAAAAGUGCUCUGCUCUUACCGUCUUUGGCAAGCCGUGCAUUAGAAUCUAACAACUCACAAGUUUACAAAGCAUG